AGUAUCAUGUGUAUGUAAGGUUCUGAAUUCAAAAGUGCUAUUUACAAUAAAUGCAGUUCAGUACCGGAGCGUCAAACUCAUGGCUUGUCCCCGAAACCUAUUGGUAGUUUUUCUUUGGAUCUACACAGCUCAGAGGUUGGAUGGAGCUGGACUAAGAGUUGACCAGCCAAGGUUCUUGGAGGUUGAUAGCACCGGUGAGGCCACCCUACAGUGUAACCACAGCUGGGGUGAAAAGACAGAACUAAAAUUAACUAUUCUUAAAGAAAGAGAUCCACGAGUGGUUUGCAUUGGAAGAACAAAUUCAUCUGUACAUCAUGUCAACUCUACAGAACUCCUGCAUUGCCAGAUUAACCGAACAUCAGACAGUAUUUAUGUCACGUUCUAUGGAUUCAACUCAUCUUUAAUUGACAACUUUUUCUGCAAGAUCGAGAAAUUGUACCCACCACCUUAUGAAGGGAAACAAGGGAAUGGGACAAUUAUGUUCAUCAGCAACAAGAAGAAUUGCAAGAAUUGUUUCCAGUUUGUAAUGCUCUUGAUCAUGGGGUUUCUCGGUUUCCUGACUCUGUCAAGUAUGAUCUAUAGCAUUGUACUGACAUUGAAGACAUGCAGAGUUAAAAAGGUGGUAAAGAAAGAAGAGGAGAAUUCUGUGUAUGUACAAAUGGCCCCCAGCAAUGGUGGAGAGCAGAGCAGGAGGAACACUGAGUCGGCCACAACUCUUUCACGCAAAUACUAAAAGAAAACGUUUAUCUAGUCAAGCACAGAACUUCAUUGUAACAGUUGAACUGCUUCUAUAUUUGUCAGAGCACAGUUGAUGUGGUCUCUUUUGUAGUCAGAAAGCUUUGGAGAAACGCUGUGUAAAAUGGUCAAUGUGUUACUGCCACGCUAUAUUUGUUCUCAAACUAACAAGUCUUGAUACUCAAGUUAUUUUUGUAUCAGCGCAGCAUCGCCUCACAAAAUGCCGCUUGAAGAGGCAUUGGUGGUAAACUUCCAUAUAGAGCCAAGAGCAGGUAUUUCAUUACCACUGGGGACAUGGUUGGAUUACUGGGCCUCCUUUGAGCAAGGGAGCUUUCUCACAGGAUACACUAGCCUCUAGUACUGGAUCCAUAAAGUUGUAUAUUUAAAACACACCAUGUAAAGAUGUGAAAUAAAACUUUGAAUUCUCACUUGAUAGUCCUGAAGGUUUGUGGUUACCUGUAAGAAGAGUGGGUUAAUGCUAAUUCCACUCCUAUAUCAUAGAAUCCGUACGGUGUGGAAGUGUUCACACCAACCCUUCAAAGACCAUCCCAUCCAGACACGACU